AUGUAUCAUAUUGUAUCAUCAAAUAUCUCAAAAAUAUCAAAAAAUGACGACGCCACAAUAAAUAGAGAUAAUAAUAGUUAUAAAACUAAAUUCAAUUCUAAAAUUUUAAUAAUAGUUUUAAUUGGUAUUGUUUUUCAUUUAUCAUACACUCUCAGUAUAUUUGAUAUUUAUUUUAGAUCUCCAUUGGUACAUGGUAUGACCCCACACAAAAUCGAAUUAACUCCACCAGCAAACAGACUUGUUUUAUUUGUCGCUGAUGGUUUAAGAGCAGAUAGAUUUUAUGAAUUGGAGGAAAAUCAAGGUCAAUUUCAUUCAAGAGCUCCUUUUUUAAGAAGUAUUAUAGAGAAUAGGGGUUCAUGGGGUAUUUCACACACACGUGUUCCUACCGAAACUAGACCAGGUCAUGUAGCAUUGAUUGCAGGUUUUUACGAAGAUGUUAGUGCAGUCACAAAGGGUUGGAAAUCUAAUCCAGUAGAAUUUGAUCAUCUUUUUAAUAAAACUAAAUAUUCAUGGGGUUAUGGAAGUCCUGAUGUUUUAUUAAUGUUCUCCGAUAAUGUAAAAACUAUGGAAACACAAGUUUAUGCCGAAGAGUUUGAAGAUUUUGGUGCAGAUGCUUCAAAUUUAGAUAUGUGGGUAUUCGAAAAAAUUGAAGAGCUAUUCAAGAAUGCGACCAAGGAUCAAGAAUUAAAUAGAAAAUUAAAAAGUAAUCAAAUUGUAAUUUUCCUUCAUCUUUUAGGUUUAGAUACCAAUGGUCAUGCAUAUCGUCCACAUUCUGACGAGUAUUUAUCUAACAUCAAAUUAGUUGAUAGGGGUGUCCAAAAAAUAUACAAUUUAAUAGAGGAUUUUUAUGGUGACCAAAAAACAGCUUACAUUUUCACAAGUGACCAUGGUAUGAGUAAUAGGGGCUCACAUGGCGAUGGCGAGCGUUCAAAUACCGAAACACCUAUUGUUACAUGGGGUAGUGGUCUUCGUGGUCCAUUACCAUCAAAUCUCCAAACUGAAAAGAUUGCAUCACUCCGUGGUAAAGCAAAAGAAAAACUACCAGUCGACACACUCACACCAGAUAAUUGGAAGCUUUCACAUCUUUUUAGAUCAGAUGUUUCACAGGCCGAUGUUGCUCCAUUAAUGACAUCUUUGAUUGGUUUACCAUCUCCACUUAAUUCCGUUGGUGUUUUACCAAUUGAAGUUCUUUCGGAAAACUCACCAGAAUAUACCACUGCUGCUCUCUAUGCCAAUACCCUUCAAGUUUGGGAAAUGUACCAAGUUAAAUCCGAUAGCAAACAAAAAUCAACUCUUUUAUUCUUUAGUCCAUUCACAAAGCUAAAAGAUGCCAGCAAAACAAUUGCAAAAAUUGAUCAACUUAUUGCAACUCGUCAAUUUGAGGAGGCUCAAAUUUUAUGCCAUAAUUUUAUUGAACUCUGUUUAGAAGGUUUAAAUUAUUUCCAAACUUAUGAUCGUCCAUUCCUUAUGACUGUCAUCACUUUGGGUUAUUUUGGUUGGAUUAUUACACUUUCACUAUAUGUCAUCAAUAACUAUACAUCAAUUGGUUAUAAUUGCAAUGCUAAACAACUUCAAAGUCAAAUUAAAAGAUUUGAAACACUUUCAUCUUAUUUAAUCGCCAUUACUUCAUUUUGCUUUUUUGGUUUCCUCUACGUAACUGAUGCGCCAGUUCUUUAUUAUCUCUAUUGUAGUUUCUUAGUUUUAUUCUGGGCUAAAACAAUUCCAGCAAAUAUUGUACCACUUUAUUUAUUUUUAAAGGAUAGCUUUGCACAGAUUCAAUCAUCAAAGGGAAUUUAUAGUGGUGGUCAAUUAUUAUCAUCCACAACUACAACCACUAAUGUAUCAAUCAUCAAGAAUUUCAUUGUUAUUGUGUUAGCAGCUGUUUCAGUAAUGGAGUUAUUGGUGGUUUCAUAUUUCUAUCGUAGCGUUUUAUCAUUAAUCUACACAUUGGUUGGUGUUUUUUCAAUUUUUACAUUCUAUAAAAAUGAAUCUUUAAAACUCAAACUCCUUUGGUUCGGUUCAUGCUUAAUGAUGUCAGUUUUCCCGUUAUUACCAAUUGAUUAUGGAAAUGAUACAAACUUAGUUUGCUUUGGUGGCGUCUUAUUGUUUAUUAUAUCAUUAUUAAACUAUACAUUAAAUAUAUUUGGUGGUGCAAGUAAAAAUACAAAACCAAUAGUUAAUUCUGUAUUGAUGUUUGUUGUAUUAUUAUCAAGUUAUAUUGUCUAUAGUACCGAUUCCGCUUUGUCAAGAAAGAUUGGGUUACCAUAUUUCAAUCAAAUAAUUAGUUGGGCUUUAUUAGUAUCCAGUUUUGUAGUUUUAUCAAUUUAUAGGGGAAAGGGCUUUUAUGACCAUUGGAAUUUCCUUUAUCUUUGCAUUUCAGUUCCAUUCCUUUUAUUGUCAAUCUCUUACGAAGUUUUAUUUGUUGGGUGCUUGGUUUUAAAUCUUACUCUAUGGAUGUACUUUGAAUUAAAAACCGAUAGUCGUCUUUAUCCAAAAUUAGUCUCAAUCACAUCCAAUAAUGAACCAUCAACUUCAUUAUCUUUUUCAAAAUCUGCAAUUAAAAGUAAUAUUAAUGACAUUAAUAUAACUCAACAAGAUAUUAAAAGAGCAAUUCUCUAUAUUUUCUUUUGUUAUGUUGGAUUCUUUGGUGUUGGUAAUAUUGCAAGUAUCAGUAGCUUUGAAAUUUCAUCAACUUAUAGAUUUACAACAAUUUUUAGUCCAUUUUUGAUGGGGGCCUUAUUAAUCAUCAAAAUAUUUAUCCCAUUAUUAUUGGUUGCAGUUUCAUUCUCACUAUUAAACAAUAGUUUGAAUGUACCAAGACCAGGUAGUUUCUUAAUUGUAAUUGCUCUCACCGAUAUUAUGAGCAUAAACUUCUUUUUCCUUGUUAAAGAUACCGGCAGUUGGUUAGAAAUAGGUACCAGUAUCAGUCAUUAUGGUAUUUCAAAUGGUUUUAUUAUUUUACAGCUAUUACUAUUUAGUUUUUCAACUUUAUUGGUCCCAACAUCACUAAAGCACAAUAAUAAUAAUAACCGAAAAAGAAUUUAA